CAGAAUCCACCGACUAUGGCUCUGCCGGCUGCUAAGGCGGCGCCGGCGAGGCCUUUCGCGUCGCAGCCGCACGGCGGAGGCAUCCUCCUCCGGCGACCGUCAUCGCCGCCCGUGCCUGCCGCGGCCCUGCGCCUCGGACCCCUCUUCUGGCCGUGGGAAAAGGUGAAAGUUGGCCCCCUUUCAGUAUCCCCCAUGGGUUUUGGAACAUGGGCAUGGGGCAACCAGCUGCUCUGGGGCUAUGAAGAAAGCAUGGACUGUGAGCUGCAGGAUUGUUUCAAUCUAGCUCUGAAGAAUGGCAUAAACCUUUUCGACACCGCUGACUCAUACGGAACCGGGAAGUUGAAUGGGCAGAGUGAAAGGCUUCUCGGAAAAUUUAUCAGCGAAGGGCGGAACAGAUCUCCAGAUGAUGUGGUCAUCGCGACGAAGUUUGCCGCGUAUCCAUGGCGACUAACAUCGGGCCAGUUUGUCAACGCCUGCAAGUCAUCAUUGGAAAGGUUGCAGAUUGAUCGGCUCGGCAUAGGGCAGCUGCAUUGGUCCACUGCUAACUAUGCACCUCUGCAGGAGCGUGCUCUCUGGGACGGUUUAGUUGAAAUGUAUGACAAGGGUCUUGUCCGGGCCGUAGGUGUGAGCAAUUACGGGCCGAAGCAGCUUCUGAAGAUCUACAGCUACCUAGCGUCCAGAGGUGUCCCUCUAAGCUCAGCUCAGGUGCAGUUCUCGCUCCUGAGCAUGGGCGAUGAGCAGAUGGAGCUGAAAACGGUGUGUGAUUCAUUAGGUGUUCGUGUCAUCGCUUAUAGUCCGCUUGGGCUGGGCAUGCUCACUGGGAAGUAUGAUCCCUCUAACCUUCCAAAUGGGCCGAGGUCUGUGUUGUUCCGGCAGAUUCUUCCCGGGCUGGAAUCUCUGCUGUCUUGCCUGAAGAGUAUUGCAGACAGAAAAGGCAAAACCAUGUCUCAAGUGGCCAUAAACUGGUGCAUUUGCAAAGGGGCAAUUCCUAUUCCCGGCGUGAAGACAGUCAGGCACGUCGAGGACAACCUGGGCGCGCUAGGCUGGAGGCUGAGCGCCGAUGAGAUCUCGGAGCUCGAAGCUGCGGCGAUGGAGUGCCCGAAGAAAAUGGUCCAGAACAUAUUCCAAACUGCAUGAGCAAACUGCAGCUAGCGACCUGAAACAAGAGCAGAAAGAGAGAGAUACCCUUUCUCGCGGAAAUUCAAUUCGGCUCCCGGGUGUGUAUGCUCCCUCUACCAAAAAAUCAUAUUUCGAAGUGUUAAUAAAAAUUGAUAAAAAAUUCUAAAUGUACAUCUCCAUGUACAUGUGUUCGUCAAGUUUCACGAAAAACCGAAAUUUUUUGUGGUCUAUGUAAAAACAGAAAUUUUAUCUUAUGAAAAACAUUAUUUUUAG